GAGAACACUCGCCACGUGAUAAGCGGGGAGAGAGGGGAGAAUGAAAGGCAGAAUGAAAGAGAGAGAGGGAAGAGGAGGAUGAAAGGCAGAAUGAAAGAGCAAGCGAGAGAGAUAGAGAGAGUAGAGAAAAGAGUGAGACACAGGGAGGAACAAGUGGGAGGAGGUCUGAGGCUGAUUGUUCACUCAGACUGACCAUGGUGCAGCAGAAGUUUGCUUAGUUUCUGUUUCUCUCCUCUCUCUCUCUCUCUCAUCCCCCUCUCUCUCACGCCUCUCUCUUUAUCUCUCACUCACUCUCUCACUCACUGUUUAUUUGGCAGGGGAGAGGCUGGCAAAAAGGGGCAGGAUUCACAUGCCACAUGUUUGCCGACAGUGAACAGAGCAGGACUGAGCCACUUUUGUGAGAGUGUACUGCUGUAUGAGUGUGCUUGUGGUUCUCUCGAUUUGUGUGUGUAUGUGUGUGUGUUUCUGUGUAUGUGUAUGGAUAGAAGUUGAGGUGACAAAAACGUAGUUUGGAAGUUUUGCAGACUUAUCAGCCUGUAGUUUGUGUGUGUGUGUGUGUCUGUGUGUGUGUGUGUGCGCGUGUGCGUGUGUGUGUGUGUGAGAGAGUGAGUGUGUGUGUGUGUGUGUGUGUGUGUGUGAGAAAGAGAGAGAGAGAGAGUGUGUGUGUAAAAUGUCCAGACGGGUUGGUUCCUCCUCUGGGGCAGAAGUUGCUCUGAAUGGGGGCAAUAAGGAUGUCUCACCUCCAAAGCCCCCCGAGGGCAAGGUGGAACUUCACAAGAAGGUGACCCUGCUCCGGGGAAUCUCCAUAAUCAUUGGGACCAUCAUCGGAGCAGGAAUUUUCAUCUCCCCCAAGGGGAUACUCAAACACUCCGGAAGCGUGGGAAUGUCGCUGGUGGUGUGGAUUGCAUGCGGAGUGCUGUCUUUGUUUGGAGCGCUCUCUUAUGCAGAGCUGGGCACCUGCAUCAAGAAGUCUGGGGGCCACUACAUAUACAUUCUGGAGACGUUCGGCCCUCUCAUGGCGUUCGUCCGCCUCUGGGCUGACCUGAUUGCAAUAAGGCCUGCAGGGUUGGCAGUCAUUUCGUUGGCAUUUGGUCAGUACAUUCUAGAGCCUAUCUUCACUCCCUGUGGGGUUCCAGAGAUUGCAAUCAAACUGGCCACUUCCAUCGGCAUAACAACUGUGAUGUACAUCAAUUCUAUGAGCGUAAGCUUGACGGCCAGGAUACAGAUCUUCCUGACAGGCUGUAAGCUCUUAGCAAUGGCCAUCAUCAUCGUCCCAGGAUUUUAUCAGCUCUUCAAAGGAGAGACGCAGAACUUUGAAAACGCCUUUCAGCUGGAGAAUGUCCAGUUGACCGGCCUUCCGCUGGCCUUCUACUCAGGGAUGUACGCCUAUGCUGGCUGGUUUUACUUGAAUUUUGUAACUGAGGAGGUGGAAAACCCAGAGAGGACAGUGCCACUAGCCAUCUGCAUCUCCAUGGCGAUAGUGACUUCAUGUUACGUGCUGACUAACGUGGCGUAUUUUGCGGUGAUGUCCGCCGAGGAGCUUUUGGCAUCGGAAGCGGUUGCCGUGACCUUUGCGGAGAGGCUGAUGGGAAAGUUCUCAGUUGCAGUUCCCAUAUUUGUUUCCCUGUCCUGCUUCGGAUCCAUGAACGGAUGUCUGUUUGCGUUUUCACGAAUGUUCUACGUAGCAUCUCGCGAGGGCCAUCUGCCAGAGUUCCUGUCCAUGAUUCAUAUUCGCAGACACACACCCCUGCCUGCGGUCAUCAUUUUGUAUCCCGUGACGCUGCUGAUCCUGUGGUCAGGUGACAUGUACAGCCUGCUGAACUUCAUGAGCUUCCUGCGCUGGCUCUUCAUCGGCGUGGCCGUGCUCGGGCUCAUCUACCUGCGCUACACGCGACCGGACAUGCCACGGCCAUUCAAGGUGCCACUGUUCAUCCCUGCAGUUUUCUCCUUGACCUGUUUCUUCAUGGUGUUCCUGUCUCUGUACUCCGACCCUGUGAACACAGGCAUAGGCUUUGCCAUCUCUCUCACAGGAAUCCCUGCAUACUACAUCUUCAUUGUCGCCAACAAACCAAAAUGGGUGCUCAGGCUCUUAGAUUCUAUGAACAGAUCACUACAGAUCAUCCUUGAAGUGGUACCAGCAGAUAACUAAUGGUUCUUACUCUUAUUGCUUCCUUGUGUGCGUGUGUGUGUGUGUGUGUGUGAGUGUGUGUGUGUGUCUGCUUGUGUGAGUGUGUGUGUGUGUGUCUCUAUAUUUCAGACAAAGGGAAGAUAUAAUUUGUACUGUAUCUGAGCUACAUAUUGUUUGUGUGUGUGUGUGUGUGUGUGCGCGUGUGUGUGUGUGUGUGUGUGUGCACGUGAGUCUGACUGUGAAUCUCAACACCAACAUUUUCAUAAAUUGAGCCGCAUUUGGCUGGCAGAUGGUCAAAUCUAGAGUGGGCUUUCAUGUCUCAUAUCAUCAUUUUAUAUCUCAGUGAUAUUUCCAUACCGCCGUAAUUUAAGGAAAGCGCUUGCACUGAGAGGUGGAACACACUAAAUUCAGGGGGAGGAUUAUGGGUAAUCUAUCUCUAUAACCCCUUCCUCAACAGCAGGGAGAAUGCAUGUACCCUCAUAACGCACACUCAUCCAUCCACUUAUUCAUACACACACACACACACACACACACACACACACACACUCACACACACACACACACACACACACACACACACACACACACACACACACACACACACACACACAAACUCAAAUGCACAGUUGAAAACCGUGUAUGAAUUGCAUACUCUCCUGUGAACUGGCUGUUCAUAACAUUAACGUUUAAGUAAAAGCUUUGACUCAAUAGACCUGUAGGAGACUCAAAGCGAUGAUCAAAGUGAUGAAUCGUAGACCAUAUUGUGGAUAUGCACCACAAAUACUGUGUUACAUGAUGUAGUGUGCUGUAUUGUAAGUGGAAGUUGCCAUUAUGUUGUCUUUUAGAAUAUCAUUGUAAAGCAUUCCAUUAAAAAAAAAAGACUGAAUGUUCUAUCACACAAUGUUCUGUGCCAGAUGCAGUAGGCUAGGAUUUGUUAGAAGGACAAUCUAAAUAGCGAUGUAGUAACAUAUCUAUGUAUUUGUGCCAACUAACAUUAAAACAUUACAUAAAC